AGUAUUAACUGACAGGACAAAAUUGGUUCACACCUGAUUAGACAUUUCUCAAUAAAAGCUUUAAAACUAUUAAAAGGUUUUUGUUCAUUCCUCUGACUUCGUCUUUUGAUCGUUUUGAUUAAUACAACUGAUAACAUAAAGUAAGGCAUUGUUCCCUUGAUGAAUGAGCUCAGAAAAGCUGUCACUGAGAAAGACUAAAAACCUUCUUGAAAUGCCAAACGUUAAGUCUGUCAGCUUCCAUCCUUGUUUUGAGAUAGUUUGUGGUCAUUAGAGUGAAACAAGGCUUGUCUUUGUUGUGCUCCAGUCACAGAGUUUACAGGGAGGCAGGUUACAGAUUCCAGUUUGAACCAGAGAGCGAACCAGAGAAGGCGUAUCUCCACUCAAAGUGGCAGGGGGAAGGGACAGGUGUGAAUGUUUUCAUAGUACGAGCCUCGUCACUCGCCCUAUUGCAUUCCAGGCUGCAUCACUUCAGCUCAAAGGAACUCAAACCACUGACAGACGUAGAUCACUCUCACAUGGUGCCCGGUCAGCGACGCUGGAUAAAGCUAGAUUUUAUACAGAGAUCGUAAUUCCCGGAUUGCUUUGGCCCUGUGGACAUGGGUGGCAGAGAGAAGGUAGUGCUGAGCAGAAUGGAGCCCAAGAUGCAGUUUUCAUACUUCAGGUUAAAUACUUUCAAGCUUCGGCUAGAUCAUAACCCUACGUGUGAAAAAAAGCGCAUGAAGAAGACAAGCAGCAAAAAAAAAGCCAGAGAUCCCAGCCCCACCGAGAUGAGCGUGGAGCCCUUGGCCAGCCCGCAGGACCAGGCAGCCGCUGAGCACACUCGCAGCAAAAACUCACCACCAGCACAGGAGCAGGAGCAGCCGGAUAAACUGUGCCUGGAAUCAUUCUGGAGCGAGGUUGAGACCAUCCGACAGGGGUGUGGCGAGGCGGAUCUCGACCCCACCAGGAGAGACUCCAGACAGUCWGAAGAGGGGGAACAGGAGGAGCAGUGGCUGGCCGAUGCUGGCUUAUCGACCCUUAUCAGCGAGGACAGCGAGGAUGUAGACAAGGCCGUGCUGCUCUCCACUCUGACCCGGACGCAGGCGGAAGCUGUUCAGCGUCGCCUGGAUUCCUACACGUUAUCUCGCCGCAAAAAGAACAAGCUGCCGCCCAGAGACGUUCGGGACAUCUUCAGCUCCCCUAUCGCUCAGGCCCUGCUGCCAGAGUCUCAGAACAGCAAAGAUCUUCCUCAGAAGAGUAUGGCAUCAGUUGCCAAAAUGCCUUUCUCAGUGUCACCGGAGCAUCAGCGGGCUGCCCCUAAGGAGGAAUUCCUCAUCACUGACAUUGCUUACUGUGAACAAGCCGUGAUUUUCAUUAAACAGGCCAAUUUUCCACUGAACAACAUCCCAUACAGGAAAGAAGACGGCACCCUGCCUCGGGUGAUCUGCCCUAAGUGCCGCCUCGGAGUGACUCGUAUUCAAGAUCUCUCCCACGCUGACAUGAAGAAGGUUCGUCAGUUGGCUCUCAUCGACAUGACGGCGCUCUGCGACCUCUUGGAGCUGGAGGUUAAAAGGCACAAGACUGGGAAAAGGAAAAUCGCAGAGAGCACGCUGUUUGGGGUACCGCUGGCCACCCUGCUGGAAACCGAUCAGAAAAUCAGACCAAACACCUCAAUUCCUCUCUUCCUGCACAUGCUGCUGUCGUUUCUGGAAAAGAAAGGAGUCGAUUCAGAGGGGAUCCUGCGGGUUCCAGGAUCUCAGUCCAGGAUAAAGCUGCUGCAGCAGAACCUGGAGGCCAAUUUUUACAGGAGCCGUUUCAACUGGGAUGAAGUGAGUCCAAAUGAUGCUGCUGCCCUCUUAAAGAAGUUCAUCCGAGAGCUUCCUGACCCGCUGCUCACUGCAGAAUACCUCAACACCUUCAGCGCCGUCAGAGACAUCACAGAACUGAGGCAGAAACUGCACAUGUUGAACCUGCUCAUCCUGCUGCUCCCUGAGCCCAACAGGAGCACACUGAAGGCCCUGCUGGAGUUCCUCAGUAAGGUGGUCAACAGAGAGAAGAAGAACAGGAUGAACCUGUGGGCCGUGGCAACCAUCAUGGCUCCCAACCUCUUCCUGCAUAAGGCCGUCCCGAGCCGACUGACGGAUGGGGCAGAGAAAGGACAGGCAGAGAAAGCAGCUGAUGUGAUAAGGCUUCUCAUUCGUUACCAAGACCUCCUCUGGACGGUUCCUAACUUCCUCAUGAGCCAGGUGCGUCGGCUAAAUGAGAACAGUAACMGGCGCUAUCAGUUCAAGAACCUGCUGAGAAAGAUCCAGCCGGACAGCAGAGAAAAACCAGAGAAAAACUCAGAGCCACGUCGCACUAUAAAAAUCCAGGUGGGAGAUCUGGUGAACGGCACGAUGGAGUUCCAGCUCAACAUUAACUGCAGAACCUCGGACCUGCUCGCCCAGUUUUACCGCCAGUUCCUCCGCAGCCCGGAAAAUGGAAAGGGGAAAAUGCGGAGAAACGGCUCAGUGGGAUACCCAGACUGUGCCCUGUAUGAAGUAGGAGGGAAUAUUGGAGAGCACUGUUUGGACACCGAGACGCAUCUCCUGGACCUGUACAACAGUAACCCUGGAGGAGAAUGGGUCAUCAAAACGAAGCCCAACGUAGGCAGAGGGCAGUGACACRRAGCCUGCUGGACAACGGAUGGACAGAACGAGCAACAGAUUUCAGAGAAGAGAUGAAGAUCUCUUCUUAAAAGCUCCUCACAGCCCCUGCUCUUCCUCUGAGCAACAAGCAGGAAGGGGGACAGAUGGAGCCGACAGAAGCAUUUAUCUGCCUGGAGCAGAGUUGAGAAAUUCUGAUYCCUGCUUUUUGUCUCCCUCUGCCACUCGGCUGCRCUCCAUCUUCUCCUCCUCCUUUCUCUCUUUGGACGAUCAUUUCAUUGGUUGCUGCACUGCUGCAAGCAAAAAGCUGCUAACAUGACUCAUUACUUCAAGCGGAGAACCUGCUGCACAGAAAACAAAACGGAACAGCGAAGAGACGGAGGGAGUAGCCGGACAGUUGGCUUUGACGUAUUUUCUCUGAAGCAGUCGUCUCCAGCUACAAGCGAACAGAUGGGGAUGCAGAGAACCUCUGGCUAUCCUGAGCCCUCCACUCGCCUCGACUUCACCUCAUACCAGCUUCUGCUCCACAUACACGUUUUUCUGGCUUUACUCCAAAGGGAAUACAAGGACAUAGGGGUUCUCUGUAUAUAUUUUAAACAAAAACAGGACCCAAGUACCUAAGAUGUGUUAGUAUUUAAUUAAGGUGAAUGUUUUAAAGAAAAGCAGAACAAAAAAAUCUUCCAGCAGAUGGAGGUAAAAUUUUACAAAAAACAAACAACAUAAUGCCUUUAUUACUAGAGAUGCACCAAUAAUUCAGUCAGAGAUCUAAAUUUGACAAAUUUUCUUCAGUCGGCUAUUAUCAGUGAACUGCAGGUCAAAUACUGAGAAAUCAGAUUUGAUUUCAUUUAAUGCAUUAAACUAAGAACUUCUCCUAUUUUUCAACUAUGACUAUGUUAAAGACAUGAAAGACCAUGUUUUGAUGCUUAAGAUGGUCUUGUCAUUCCUUCAUAAAACAACCUGACACACAAUUAUCUCUUUUAUCUCUUUAAUGUAAUAUGUAUAUAUAUAUAUAUAUACACACCGUACACACCGUAUUAGAAAAUACAAUAUUAGAAGUGUUUCAAACUGAAUUCGGUAGAUCGGAUUUCAGAGAAAAUUAAAAAUUGGUAUUGGCCAGUCUGACUGGUGCAUCUCUACUGUAUUAAUUGACUUUAUUGUUCUGCUCCUAUAAAAAAGGUAAUAAUAAUUCUGAUCAUGUCAGAGAAAUAAGAGAUCCCUUCAGUAUUGCCUGUCGUUGUUCAUGAUUUAGAAACAGAAAACCCCUUUGUCUUUAUUUCCUCAUGCCAAACAGGAUGAGAAAAUGCUAAAGAUGGAGGGCAGAAGAAGAUAACUUAACAAAUGUUCUUAAGAAUCAACCAGAUCAAUUAGUUAAUUAGCCUCAUCGAUCACUUGUAUUUCUCAGCUCCUUUGUUGAUCUGUGGCAUUCAAAGAGAGGAACUGACUGAACUGACACCUUUUAUCCAUGAAGCUGGCUCGACUUUGGACCUAAAAAUUAUUUUGCCUCAUCGACGUGUUUGGUGGCAGAUUUUGCACCUCAAAAGGGAGUCGUUAAGGACACGCUGAAGCUGGUCUUCAUUUGUCAUUUUUGACUACAUGAAUGWAGGAAAACAGUGCCGAAGUGACUCUUAAGGCACGCUGACACUAUUAUAAUUAUGAAUAUUAUUUAUAUGAUUGUAACACAGUUGUUGCUUCGUUGUGAGUGUUGUGUUAGAUAGAKAUACUUGAGGAAAGCUGGCCCAGACUCGGUAUGGGAUCUUUCAUACUUUUUAAACAGAUCUCUUUAAAGCUGUAAGUUGAAUGCUUUUCCUGUGUAAAUGUGCCGUGAUGAGAAGCAGGACUGUCGCUUCUUGAAGCUUUUCCAAACACACACGAGCAGCAGAUGAAUGUUUUAACAUUUUGUGCCGAUCGUCAAAAGGUAAUUGUUUUUGCAGCCGGAGCCAUGUUGUGGCGCCGCGGCCAUUUUGUACGGGGGGAGUAUCUCUCAGGCUGCACUCGAUAAACGUGGUAGUGACAGCAGGCGCCUGCACCAAAAUCCAUCAACGCCCUCUGCUCCAUCUCUGUCAGCUCCCCAUAAUGGGCCAUAAUGACGGCAUCAGAAACGCACAGAGGAAUCGCAUCUCUCUGAUAAAGCAGAGGGUAAUAAAUGGGUGCUAUAAAUUCUUCCCCAUACAUGGACUCAACAACAGCUCUCUGUUUGCGUGUGCAUACGUGUGUGUGUGUGUGCGUGUGCGUGCGCGUGCGUGUGUGUGUGUGUGUGUGUGUGUGAUGGGCUUCAUUACACAUGUCCAACAGACCAGUCGCCGGGUCCGUACAGGCACAGUUCGUUGCUACGGCACAAAGCAAACUGAAGGGAUGGCCUUCUGCUGAACGGCAUGAACAAACCACGAAGUGGUGUCACCUCUUCUCAAUACAGGAAACUCUUUUUGUCUUUGUAUAUACAUGAAUGCGUGUGUGAGUGYGAGUGUGUAUGAAAGAAACUCUGAGACAGUAUUACUAGCAGAAAAUUGAAUGAACUUCUUGCCGAUUUCUGGUGUAAAUCCUAGACGUCAGCCAGCAGACGUCCGAAUGUAUAUUUAAGCUCUUAACAUUGUUUUUAACUUGUCUGUGAAAAUACUUUUCUGUAGAAAGGAAAAACUUUUGAAAACUGUUCAAUUUUUGGCAAUAAACGUGAGCCUAACGCUGUGCUAA